AUGCAGCCCCAUCGACGUCUGCGUGAGUCCCUCACGCCCCAGCAGCUGCGUGAGUGGUACGCUGGUUGGGGCUGUAGGGGUGGUGGCGCUACUACUGCUACCACUCCUGCUGCUUCUACUACUGGUGGCGGCCAGAUGCAGCUCCCGCGACCCCCCCGCGCGUCUCUCACGCCUCAGCAGCUUCGUGAGUGGUACGCUCAGAGUAGAGGGUCUCUCAGUUCUGUUCGCUGCUCUUACGUGAUUCUCACUGGUGCUCGGACUGGUCAGCCUUGUGGGACACCUAGUCAUACACCGUCCUGCUGCUUCGCCCGUCUGAGCGACGCCUGGCGUACCGUGUUUGGCGACGAGGCUGAGCUCCCCGACUGGGUGGAGUUGCUUAGGCAGAGGGUAGAUAUAUUUGCUCUUGACUAUGAUGCUAUUCUCACUGCCAUGUAUGCAUUGCCUACUAGUGCUGACCGUGCCGGUCACCUGGGCGUACCGCCUGACCCGGGUAUAGGACCUGCUGCUCUAGCUAGUGGUGAGGCUGCUGCUGCUCUGGGUGCUAGUGAGUCUCCUGCUCCAGGUACAGGUGCGGCUGCUGCUCUAGGUGCUAGUGAGUCUGCUUCCUCAGGUGCGGGUGAGGCUGCGCUCUCAGGUACCACGUUGGCUUCGGCCUCCCUCACCUUUACACUUGACUCUGGGGCUUCUCGCUCCUUCUUUCGGGACCGCACCACACUCACGCCGCUUAAUCGGCCUGUUGCAGUCUCCCUGGCUGACCCCUCUGGGGGUCCUGUCCUAGCUCACUUUUCCACUGUCCUCCCGUGUCCGGCUGCCCCCUCGGGCACCCUGUCUGGCCUGUACCUCCCCUCGUUCUCGACGAACUUGGUGAGUGGUGCAGACCUGCAGGAUGCGGGGGUUCACCAGUUCACUCCUGCGAGUCAGCGGGUGACCCACUGCACGGACGCACGCACAGGCCGGCACCUGGCCACGUUCUCGCGUCGGCCGGGGUCGAGCCUCUACACCCUGACCACUGAGUCUCCUCCUGUCCCUGCGUCCGGUCAGGUAGCUGCGUCAGGUCAGGUGUUUGCUGCUGCGUCCAGGUCUGGUCCUGGGUCUGCCCCUUGUUCGUAUCGCCUCCUGUCUCACGAGACUCUCCUGUGGCACCACCGUCUCGGCCACCCCUCCUUGCCCCGUCUUCGGGGCAUGGCUUCCCGUGUCCUUGUCUCUGGUCUUCCCCAGUCUCUCCCUCCCCUUCCUUCGGGACCAGGACCUUCCUGUGUCCCCUGUGUCGAGGGGCGCCUCAGGGCUGCUCCUCACUCCUCCCAGUUUCCCCCGACAGAGGCUCCUCUGCAGACACUUCACAUGGACGUGUGGGGCCCGGCCCCCGUCCGUGGGCAGGGUCACGAGCGCUACUUCCUGUUGGUGGUUGACGACUACUCGCGUUACACCACAGUCUUCCCCUUGCGCAGCAAGGGUGUUGUCACUGAGGUGGUGAUCGACUGGAUCCGCGAGGCUCGUCUCCAGCUCAGGAGGAGCUUCGGCUCGGACUUUCCUGUUCUGCGUCUGCACUCUGACCGAGGUGGGGAGUUCUCCUCUCGCCUUCUGCGAGACUACUGUCGUGCACAGGGGAUCCGCCAGACCUUUACGCUUCCGGACUCUCCACAGCAAAAUGGGAUUGCUGAGCGCCGCAUUGGCAUGGUCAUGGAUGUCGCUCGUACGUCCAUGAUGCAUGCGGCUGCCCCCCAUUUUCUGUGGCCGUUUGCGGUUCGGUACGCGGCGCAUCAGCUCAACCUUCACCCCAGGGUCUCUCGGCCCGCGAUGUCCCCAGUGUUACUGUGGACGGGGAAGGUCAACGAUGCGUCUGCGUUCCGUGUCUGGGGAUCUCGGGCGUUUGUCCGCGACUUGUCUGCGGACAAGCUGUCCCCCCGUGCUGCUCCCUGUGUCUUCCUUGGCUUCCCCCCUGACGCUCCAGGGUGGCAGUUCUACCACCCCUCCUCUCGUCGUGUUCUGUCCUCCCAGGACGUCACGUUCGACGAGUCAGUCCCCUUCUACCGCCUCUUCCCCUACCGUACUCCUUCCCUCCCCCCCCCACCGGACUUCCUGGUGCCAGCUCCCCCCCCGGUAGACCCCCUCCCCCCUCAGGUUCCUGCCCCUUCAGGUGUGUCCCAGGUAGACACAGUCGAGCCAGUCGAGGUUGCUGCUGAGUCUGGUCCUGCUGCGGGUGCAGAGUCUGGGGGUGCUACGCCUGCGGGUGCUGAGCUUGGGGGUGCUGCUGCUGGGGGUGCUGAGCGUGGGGGUGCGAGGCCGGGGGGUGCUGAGCUUGGGGGUGCUGCUGCUGGGGGUGCUGAGCUGGGAGGUGCUACGUGCGGAGCUGCUGAGCCUGGGGGUGCUGAGCCUGGAGGUGCGGAGCCUGCGACUGCUGGACCUGGGGGCUCUCCAGUUGCUCUGUCUCGGCGGGAGCCGCUCUCUCCACAGGAGCUGCGCGAGUGGUUUGCUCGCCGCUGGAGGCGUGCUGCUGGAGCUGGAGCUCCUUCGACUGCUGAGGGUGCUGGUGCUGCCGGUCCCGGAGCUGCUGGGCCUGCGGGUCCUACUGGAGCUGGAGCUGCUGAGCUUGGGGGUGCUGAGUCUGGAGCUGCUGAGCCUGGGGGUGCUGAGUCUGGAGCUGCUGAGCCUGGGGGUGCUGAGUCUGGAGCUGCUGAGCCUGGGGGUGCUACGUCUGGAGCCGCUGAGCCUGAGGUUUCUCCUGGUGCUGCGCCUCGGCGGGAGCCCCUCUCUCCGCAGGAGCUACGCGAGUGGUUUGCUCGCCGCUGGAGGCGUACUGCUGGAGCUAGAGCUUCUUCGACCGUCGAGGGUACUGGUGCCGCCGGUCCCGGAGGUGCUACGCCUGCGGGUCCUACUGGAGCUGGGGCUGCUGAGGGCGUUGGUGCUGAGUCUGCUGCUGUCUGUCCUGCCGGUGGUUCUGCUGCUGGUGCUGCUGGAGGUCCUGCCGUUGGAGGUGUUGGUGGCGCUGGUGCUGCCGCUGAGGGUGCUGGUGCUGUCCCUGCUGAGUCAGGAGCUGCCGCGCGGCCUCGGCCGUACUUCGUUCCGCUUCUGCAGCAGGUUCUUGGUCUUUCUCCUCCGGUAGAGUGUCCAGAGCCUGUCCCGUCGCAGUCACUGUUGGAGCCUACCUCCCCACUGCCUGCUCCCUCUCCUUACACUGGUCCUACUGGAGGUCUUGUUGAGCGUCGUGAGCCUGCGUCUCGUCCCGCGUCGCCUGUUCGUGCUGCCCGCGCUAGUGGUCGUGGUUCGCGUCCGCGUCCUCCUCCUGUCCCUGGCACGCACCGGAUGUCUCUGCGUCCGUCCACUGCUCCUCUGCGUGCCCUUUUGCCUUCUCCUCCUGAGUCCUCCCUUCCUGUGCUUACCGACCCAGAGUCGGACUCCCUUCGUGCUGCCAGUCCUACUGUCACGCGUCUGCUUGCUACUGUCGUCACUGACCCCUCUUUUGAGUCCGCUGCUGCGUCUGCUCUUGUCGCUGAGCUCGUCGACUUUGCUGCUCGCUGCCGUCUAGACUACGCUGCUAGUCUUGUUGCUGAGCAGGAGGAGUUCCAGUGUCUGGCUGCUGCUUCACCUCAUCUCGCGUCUGUACUGCUUGCUCCUGAGGGAGACCCGGAUGCACUUGACAUCCCGACUCCGCGCUCUUACGCGGAAGCCGUAGAGGGUCCCUACUCCUCUCAGUGGCAGGCAGCUAUGGAUGCAGAGAUGGCUUCCUGGAAGUCCACAGGCACCUACGUUGACGCGGUUCCCCCUCCUGGGGCGAACAUCGUCAGUGGCAUGUGGAUCUUCAGGGUGAAGCGGCCGCCGGGCUCUCCACCUGUCUUCAAGGCGCGGUACGUCGCUCGUGGCUUCAGUCAGCGGCAGGGAGUUGACUACUUUCAGACCUUCUCUCCCACCCCGAAGAUGACCACUCUUCGGGUGCUGCUGCACAUAGCCGCUCAGCGCGACUACGAGCUUCACUCUCUUGACUUCAGUACUGCGUUCUUGCAGGGGAGCCUGCACGAGGAGAUCUGGCGGCGCCGUCCACCUGGCUUCACUGGGACUUUCCCUCCUGGCACCCAGUGGAGCCUCCGACGGCCAGUCUACGGUCUCCGCCAGGCACCACGUGAGUGGCACGACACACUGAGGACUACGCUUGCGGCCCUUGGGUUUGCUCCUUCUACUGCUGACCCGUCGCUGUUUCUGCGCACCGACACUUCACUGCCGCCGUUCUACAUCCUCGUGUACGUCGACGACUUGGUCCUUUGCCACAGCGGACACUGCUGGACUCGCCUACGUGAAUCACACAUGGUGCAGCAGGUCCUUCAGCGCUUCGGCUUCACGUACUCCUCGCCUCAGGCCACUCCUCUGUCUACUCGUCACUCGCUCUCAGCUCUGCCUUUGGAUGAGUCCGUAGAGUCGAGUGGCCCGUACCCAGAGCUUGUUGGCUGCCUCAUGUACCUGAUGACCUGCACACGACCUGACCUUGCAUACCCUCUUAGCAUUCUUGCACGCUAUGUUGCUCCUGGGAGACACCGACAAGAGCACAUGGCUGCAGCGAAGAGGGUAUUGCGCUACCUGUGCAGUACGUCGGGCAUGGGGCUAGUGCUUGGAGGGCGGAGUCCAGUGGUACUUACAGGUCACGCGGACGCUUCUUGGGCUGACGACCAGGCUACGCAGCGGUCGUCACAGGGUUACACCUUCAGCCUUGGCUCCGGCUCUGUCUCGUGGCGGGCUACUCGCUCGUCUUCGGUUCUCAGCUCGAGUUGUGAGGCUGAGAUCUACGCAGGGGCCAUGGCUGCACAGGAGCUCCGGUGGCUCACCUACCUGCUGACUGACCUUGGAGAGCCGCCUCGUUCUCCUCCAGUGCUGUACGUAGACAACAAGGCCAUGCUGGCCUUGUGUCGAGAGCAGCGUCUGGAGCACAGAACGAAGCACAUUGCUCUUCGCUACUUCCUUGCUCGUGAGCUACAGCAGCGUGGACAGUUGCGGCUUGCGUACGUGGCCUCUGAGGCCAACACUGCUGAUGUGUUCACCAAGGCACUCGCGCCUUGUGACCAUCAGCGCUUCUGCACCCAGCUGGGUCUUGUGCCUGUCUUGCCUCACUUGCUCUCCUCUUGA